AUGAACAACAAACACAACAAAGCAGAAGAGAUUGAGGAAGCCGGUUCUUAUCCGCUUCAAGCCUUAGGUUCAAUCAAUGACGGAGAGGCUGAUAGCGGUCCGCAGUGGACAGAUGAGGAGGAAAAAAAGCUGGUUCGAACGAUUGACUGGCGCGUGUUCCCAAUGCUAUGCACCAUCUUCGGGCUCUCACUAUUGGACCGAACUAAUAUAUCCUCUGCCUACAUUGCUGGCCUCAAAGAGGACAUUCACCUCUCGCAAGGGAUAUGGGUUAUUCGAACUCCCAUCGAACCUCGUCAUCCGCCGAAUCGGCGCCAGGGUGUGGCUCAGCUUCCUGAUUGUAUCAUGGGGCGCCUGCGUUCUCGGGAUGGGUUUCGUUCAGAGCUGGCAGUCCUUAACCUCUUCCCCGGUGCCGUCUUCAUCAUCGCAUCGUGGUACCGGCAGUAUGAGACAGCGACAAGGGUCUCGCUUUUCUAUAUGGCCGCACUGAUUGCCUCUGGAUUCGGGCCGAUCCUCGCUUACGUGUUUUCCUUGAUUCGAGUUGGUGAUGGAAUAUACAGACAGGGCUGGCGGUGGAUUUUUAUUAUCGAGGGGAUUGCGACCAUUGUGGCCGGGAUUGCUGCUGCGUUUUUCCUCGUGGAGUUCCCCGAUAAAGCACGUUGGUUGACGCCCCGACAGAAACAGAUUGCGAUCGCCCGGCUGUCGGAUGAUAAGCGCGAGAGAGAGUAUAAACACCCCAGUAUUAAGGAGGCGAUGGUAAUGAUCGGAGAUUGGAAGAUCAUCGUCUAUUCUAUCCAGUACUUCAUCGCCGCCUCGAGCGUCUACUCAAUUGCCUACUUCAAGACCAUCAUUCUCCGAGAAGGAAUGGGCUUCAGCUACGCCCUGGCCCAAAUCCUCUCAUCACCACCGUAUGUAUUUGCUGUGAUCAUGUCUCUGGUUAUGGCCUGGCUGUCCGAUAAGUAUAAAAUCCGCUGGGCCAUUCUCGUGGUCCAAUCGCUUUCCGCAGUCGUUGGGCUCCUCAUCACUCUGUACUGCAAACCACCAGGCGUUCGUUACUUUGGUCUGUUCAUUGCCGUAUUCGGGACGCAGGCGAAUAUACCAGGGACACUAUCAUAUGGCCAAAGCCAGAUCCCGACUGUGGAGAAACGCGGUGUGGUCGCGGCAGCUAUGAUAUCCGUCGGUGCUGCUGGGGGGAUUGCGGGGUCCACCAUUUUUAGGACGCAGGACGCGCCUAGAUAUCUCCCUGGAAUGUGGGCCACGAUCGCUAUGCAAAUGCUAUAUACCGUUGUGACGUUGGUCUUUUCGUUUUACCUCAAGCGACAGAACCGCCUUGUAGACGAAAAGAAGCGAGGUGACUUGGAGGGCGUGUCCGGGUUUCGAUAUGCCCCUUGA